GAAACUGUUGGUUCAUAAAAGCAAAUAUUUUGUAAUCUCGAUGAACUAUUAUAAGCCACCUAAUAAGUGUUCAUUGAGAAGUGAAACGUUAAAUUUGGCAUUUAAAUAGAUGUUUUUUUUAAAUAAAAUUAAAAAAAAAAGUUUAAAAUAACCUUUUAUUGCUAAGCCAUCAGUAAAUCGCAUAAAUACUUGAGAAAAAAUGCCAGCCGCCAAGUUGAAAAUGCAGCCUCGCAGAGAGAUGGUUGGAGAAUACGGAACUGUUGAUUCGCGUUACAGUGCCAAUGUCCCCAAAAUGGAGCUGCUGAAGGUUAGUUAUGUGCACCAGUGCAAGAAUGCUAUUAUGCACAGGUUGAACGAACAGCCGCUACCUGCGGGCGGUAAAAAUUCGACUUGUUUUGUCGGAUAUUGCCGCCAAACCGGUCGGAAUCUCUCUCCGAAUAGCUUCAGGUCUCCUCUAGUCUACCUUAAACCUCCAAUAGCUGAUUCUUGUGAGUUUCUCUUGCAACCAACUCAAAAACGCGGCCUAAUACCCAUGCAUAAACAUAAGCAGGCCAAUCUCAGAAAUCUUACUAAAGAUGCAAGUGUCGAUCUGAGUGAGAAUUUAAACACUUUCAGCAUAGAGGGUAGUACUGAUAUAGAGGACAAUAAGAAGUCACAUAGCUGGAAAUAUAAAAAUCAUCUUCUGACUGUGGUAAGCGGCAUAAAAUCACGAGCAGACCGCAUCGCACGCAUAGAAAAAAGAAAAUGUAGCUUCCAUCUCAAACCAUCAUUUCGAAAUCAAAAACAAACGACGGCAUGCGAAAUAACCCGCCCAAAUCAAUCUGUACCAGAAUGGAUGUUUAAGAACCCAGGAAUAUUCCUAGGGGACGGCAGUGUCAGCAGUAAAUGCAGCAUUAAUGACUCCACGGCUCCACCAGAGCAAAAUUUCCGCUUUCAACAAAUGAAACAAUAUAAAAAAGAACAGCUCACUCAACCAGCUGAGCUUUCUCGACCCAAUUAUCGCGAUGAAAGCUACGACUACAAGCUCUGUUCAAUUCCGCAAAGUGAAGAAGGUCAAAGCAAAGCAGUUUGUAAAGAUAAACGCUUUUCUCCGAAGAGCUGCUUUGAUUUCGACGUGACGUUUUCCGAAGAAUAUUGUCAGCAACAACGAUAUCAGCAAUCCAAAACUAUUCAUAAUGAAAAAAGAUUUAGUUUUAAAAAUAUCGAGAAGCAGACAUUGGUCAGGGAAUGUCAAGAGCUAAACGGUUCAAUUCAAACUAAAGCCCAUGGGGACCCUAACGACUUGCAGAACUUUUUGAAAAAGAAUCUUAGUAAGGCUACAACCCAUGAGCUGCUAAAAGCUGCCGCUGAAAACACCAAAAAGUGUAACAUUGAACUAGAACGCAGGUUAAACGAUUUUACAGAAGGAGGUAAGAAGUCCACAUUCAAUGAAAGAAGCAUUCCGUACAAUGACACUUUACUAUCAACUGCGCCGAAAGUAAGCUCUCUGACGGUUGGCAAACCAUAUAAAAAAAAUGACGAACCAAUAUUUACGAACGAAAUAAGUGAAUUAAGAAAACCAUCAAGGCCGUAUUCCAUUAAUACAUUAUCAAGUGACUCUAUGUCAUUGUCUGGCUGCGGUAAAUCUUGUAGGGACAACAGUUCUGUGUGUAGCUCAGAAGAUUAUUGCUUCGAAUGCAUUGAGCAGAAGUAUUCCAAAACUGCUUUCAAUUGCCACAAUGCCGUCGAAGGUGUUUUCUGGAACACUGCAUAUGACGACCUUCCUACAGUUGAAAUUACCGCUAACUGUUGCUGUAGUCUGUCUUACUGUGACAAAGAUGAUUGCUCAUUCCUUGAUGAAAACUUAAGCGUAGAUAUAAAAUCUAUUUCGGUUCUCCAAUCGGAAGCUAGCGGCGUGGACGAACAUCUCACAAGGAACAAAAAAUUACCGUUAAAGGAUGUCGCGUCUCGACGUUUUAAACGGGACCAAGUACUAAAGGAACUCUUGGAGACGGAGCGCAUCUACGUAAAUGAAAUGAGAUCAAUCCUAAAGGGCUACUGCGAUCGCUUGAAAUCUGACGACUUAGCCCCGGAAACUCUGCAAGGAAACGAAGAUAUAUUGUUUGGAAACCUGCAAGAGCUCUAUACUUUUCAUAAUGACGUUUUUCUUAAGGAUCUUGAAAACUGUAUUUCAACCACUGAACUUGUCGCGUUAUGUUUUGUUCAAAGGCGCGACACAUUUUUUCAACUGUACUCACUCUAUUGUCAAAACAUCCCACGUUCAGAGCGGUUUCGCCAAACCCUAGUGGAUACACAUUUGUUUCUCCAAGACUGCCAAAAACGUCUUGGUCAUAAACUACCUCUGGCCGCAUAUUUGCUCAAACCAGUUCAAAGAAUAACAAAAUACCAGCUUCUUUUGAAGGACUUACUGCGCUUUAGCGACAAUGGCAACUGUACCAUGGAACUUGAAAAGGCACUUGACUGUAUGUUAAUCGUUUUGAAGUGUGUCAACGACUCUAUGCAUCAAGUAGCAAUAUCAGGUUUUCCGACUGAAAUAGCUCUACAGGGCAAUCUUUUGUUGCAGAACUCAUUCCAAGUAUGGACAGGGAUCAAAAAAGACAUUUGUCUCCGAACAAAGCCACAGCAGCGCCAUAUUUUUCUCUACCAGAAAUCUAUGCUGUUUUGUAAGCAAACUUCGAAGCCGAGCCACAACAAAAGCACCUAUCAAUUUAAAAACCAUCUUAAGAUGUCACAAAUUGGCUUAACGGAGUCCUUGCGAGGCGAAGCAAAACGUUUUGAAGUUUGGUUUCAAGGACGACAGGAAGUUUAUACCUUGCAGGCAACCACAGUCGACAUCAAGCAAAAAUGGGUUUCUGAAAUCAAGCGCCUCUUACUUAACCAGCUCGAGGAGCUCAAAGGAGAAAAAAUAAAGCAACACAGCUUAAAAAGCGCAGAUUUAAGGCAAAGAACUUCAUGGGACACCCCAAACAUUAUUCUAGGUCCUCCAAACCGCACGACAAGCUCUGAAGAAUCUUUAAGGACUUUCAAUCGGAACAUAAUUGGCAGCAUAGAGAAUAUUGAACGCUUCACGGACAAGGAUCAACGAAAAAUUUGCUGUUGGAGCUCAGACUGUUCAAACAGUGAAGACGAACUGUCGCUUGUUGAUGAACAUAAAUUACCAAAGGACACUAAACAGGGGGCAAGAUUACUCUCGCUUCAGUAAAUGAAAUCGUCAAUGUCAAACAAAGAUGAAGCAGAACAGAACCUAUCGAAUGUGUUUUAUUUUGAAUGCCUUGUAUUUGUUUAAGGGCCAUGGCAUUUGAGUAGUAUCAUCCUUAAGCAUAAUAAAUAGUUAUAUAGCUUACACUAGUAA